GUCUGGUGAUGGGAAGUCCGGCUCUUUUCAAAGACUCGGUUCGUACGGCUCCCAAACGGUUCUUCAAUGAGUCAUCCGAGCCUCGAACCGACGGACCUUUCCGCUGUGAACCAAGGGAGCUGUAGCAUCGUUCUCUUCUUUGCUAGAAAUUCCCUGCGUCCAGAAUUCUACCGCCACCAGGUGGUUAAGUGGGAUACUAUAGAACCCUGACACGCGACGUGCCUUCGGGGGAGCUGAGCAGGAGCAGUCGUCUCUUCUCGUUCACGACAAAGAUCCGACUCUUUCGCGAACGGCACAUCAAUGUUCCGGUCAUCUCCGUGAGUCCCGCCCCGCCGCUCCGUGCCAUCUUGUGUUUAGCAAGAACAAAAACGGUGUGAGGAGGAAGCGCAGCUUCAGGGCGCGGCGCACAACAGAGGACCAAUUUAUUUAUUUUAGGAAAAGUGCGUGUUUUAUAAAACGCGGCCGUGACUGUGAACAUCACGAUUGGAAGUGUUUGACCGGAGAAAAAUGGCAGCCACACCCCGCUCAACAGCUAACGUUAGCGUCAGGCUAUCGAAGCUAAGCUAGCCAGUUAGCAGAUGCUCGUAGCGCCGAGGAGGCGAAUCCAAAGUUCGGGUUCUGCCCGUGGGCAUUUGGACACCAGUCGUUGAUUCCACCGUGGUUCCGACGUCAGGACGGGCUUCGACUGGAAUGGCGCGAGAGUCGUGCUGAUUUCGUGGGCAGCGGAAACCCGUGCUAUGAAGCUGAGGAGACGCUAGUUCUGCUGCUAACGGUUGUUUUUCGGCUCAUAGCGGAGCCACAAUAAAGCCGCGCAGUUGACCUCUGACCUCCCCUGUGUCCCAGGCCCUGGCCAUGCCCUCGAGUGCACGGGCGGGCAACCUGAAAGACCCGGAGGUGUCCGAUCUCUUCUGCAAAGAUGAUCCAGAGAAGCUGUUCGCCGACCUCCGUGAAAUCGGACACGGCAGCUUUGGCGCCGUGUACUUUGCCCGGGAUGUGCGCAACAAUGAGGUGGUGGCCAUCAAGAAAAUGUCGUACAGUGGGAAGCAGACGAACGAGAAAUGGCAGGACAUCAUCAAAGAGGUGAAGUUCCUGCAGAAACUGCGACAUCCCAACACCAUCGAGUAUCAGGGAUGUUACCUGAAAGAACACACAGCCUGGCUGGUGAUGGAGUACUGCCUCGGCUCGGCCUCUGACCUCCUCGAAGUUCACAAAAAGCCACUGCAGGAAGUUGAAAUUGCUGCUAUUACCCAUGGUGCACUGCAGGGAUUAGCAUAUCUCCACUCACACAACAUGAUUCACAGGGAUGUGAAAGCAGGAAACAUCCUGCUGACGGAGCCUGGUCAGGUCAAACUGGGAGACUUCGGUUCUGCCUCCAUCGUGGCUCCAGCCAACUCGUUUGUGGGCACCCCCUACUGGAUGGCUCCUGAGGUGAUCCUCGCCAUGGACGAGGGUCAGUACGACGGGAAGGUGGACGUCUGGUCUCUGGGCAUCACCUCCAUCGAGCUGGCUGAGAGGAAGCCCCCACUCUUCAACAUGAACGCUAUGAGUGCCUUAUAUCACAUCGCUCAGAACGAAAGCCCCGUCCUUCAAUCCAACCACUGGUCUGAUUCCUUCCGCAACUUUGUGGACUCAUGCCUGCAGAAGAUUCCUCAGGACCGGCCCACGUCAGACGUGCUGCUGAAUCAUCGGUUCCUGUGUCGGGAGCGUCCACUGACGGUCGUCAUGGAUCUGAUCGCGCGGACCAAGGACGCAGUGCGGGAGCUGGACAACCUUCAGUACCGCAAGAUGAAGAAGAUCCUCUUUCAGGAGACGCAGCAGAAUGGCCCUGUGUCUGAGGGAGGGGAGGAGGAGGAGAGCUCCCAGUCUGUUCCCAGCAUGUCCAUCUCAGGCACAGUCAACAGCAUGGAGAGCUCCCAGUCUGUUCCCAGCAUGUCCAUCUCUGCCAGUUCUCAGAGCAGCUCCGUCAACAGCCUGGCCGACGCCUCUGACGACAGCAGCAGUGAGAUGGCCAUGAUGCAGGAGGGAGAACACACCGUCACCUCCAACAGCUCCAUCAUCCACCGGCCCACGGGUCAGGACAACAUCUAUGACGACCCGUACCAGCCUGAGAUGGAGCAGCCUCAGGUUCCUUCAGCUGGACGCCGUCGAGCCUACUAUCGCAACAGAGACCACUUUGCCACCAUUCGAACGGCUUCCUUGGUGACUCGUCAGAUCCAGGAGCACGAGCAGGGCUCGGCGCUGCGAGAGCAGAUGUCCGGGUACAAGCGAAUGAGGCGGCAGCACCAGAAGCAGCUGAUGGGCCUGGAGAACAAACUGAAGGCUGAGAUGGACGAGCACCAGCUGAAGCUGGACAAGGAGCUGGAGAACCAGAGGAACAACUUCUCCACAGAGGCCGACAAGUUGUCCAAGAGACACCAGGCCAUCCUGGAGAAAGAGAUGAAAGCAGCCCUGGCCGAGGAGAAGAAGUUCCAGCAGCACAUCCAGGGUCAGCAGAAGAAGGAACUGACCACUUUACUGGAGUCACAGAAACGACAGUAUCGUCAACGCAAGGAGCAGCUGAAAGAGGAGCUGAGCGAGAACCAGUCGACUCCGAAGCGUGAGAAGCAGGAGUGGUUGAUCCGUCAGAAGGAGUGUCUGCAGCAGAUGCAGGCGGAGGAGGAGGCCAGUCUGCUCAGGAGGCAGAGGCAGUAUUACGAGCUGCAGUGUCGUCAGUACAAGAGGAAAAUGCUGCUCGCUCGACACAACCUGGAGCAGGACCUGCUCAGAGAGGACCUGAACAAGAAGCAGACUCAGAAGGACCUGGAGUGUGCCAUGCUGCUGCGACACCACGAGUCCACACAGGAGCUGGAGUUCAGACAGCUGAGUUCGGUCCAGCGUACGAGGGCCGAGCUGAUCCGCACCCAGCAUCAGACGGAACUGACCAACCAGAUGGAGUACAACAAACGCCGAGAACAAGAGCUUCGACAAAAACACGCCACAGAGGUGCGGCAGCAGCCCAAGAGCCUGAAGUCCAAAGAGCUGCAGAUCAAGAGACAGUUCCAGGAGACGUGUAAGAUCCAGACCCGCCAGUACAAAGCCCUGAGGAACCACUUGCUAGAGAGCACGCCCAAGUCCGACCACAAAGCCGUCCUCAAGCGCCUCAAAGAGGAACAAACUCGUAAGCUGGCCAUCCUGGCCGAGCAGUACGACCACUCCAUCAAUGACAUGCUGUCCACACAGGCUCUGCGUCUGGAUGAGACCCAGGAGGCCGAGUACCAGGUGCUGCGCAUGCAGCUGCAGCAGGAGCUGGAACUGCUCAACGCCUACCAGAGCAAGAUCAAGAUCCACACAGACACUCAGCACGAGAGAGAGGUGAAGGACCUGGAGCAGAGGGUGUCCAUCCGCCGAGCGCUGCUUGAACAACGGAUCGAGGAGGAGAUGCUGUCUCUGCAGAACGAGCGUUCAGAGAGAAUCCGAACUCUGCUGGAGCGUCAGGCUCAUGAGAUCGAGGCCUUUGACUCAGAAAGUAUGAGGCUCGGCUUCAGUAACAUGGCUCUGACAGGGAUUCCUGCUGAGGCCUUUAACCAGGGUUACCCUGCCCCAAGCCCCGCGCCCAGCCCCGGCGGCUGGCCGUCGCGGCCCGUCCCACGCUCAGGCAGCAACUGGAGCCACAGCGUGCAGAACUCGGUGGCCACUCCGUCCUGGCGCAGUCACAACCACAGCAGCGGAGGAGGAGGAGGCGGCGGCGGAGGCUUCAGCCGAGCCGAGUCCAUCAGCUCAUCACACGGCUUUGGCAGAGAUGGUGACCUGAACAAGAGUGGCAGGAGCCAAAGCUCCUACCACCACCAUCACCAUCACCACUACCAGCAGCAGCAGCAGCAGCAGCAGCAGCAGCAGCAGCACCACCACCACCUCCCUCAGCACCUCCCCCAGCACUACCAGCACCACCAGAGCACGCCACAGCUCUACCGGGACAGCCAUGAGCGUGACACGCGGGAUCGAGACCGGGCCAGGGAGUGGGUGGGAGGAGGUGGCGGCGGCGGCGGCGGCGGCGGUGGCGGCCACAGCAGCCACAGCAGCCACAGCAGCCACAGCAGCCACAGUAGCCACAGUAGCCACAGCCAUUACUCCCAUCACUCACAGGGCCACCACCACCUCCUCUCCUCCCACGCCUCCUCCCAGUCCCUGGCUCUCCUUCCACCUCCUCCUCUGCCUCCCCCAAUCUCCCUCUCUUCCUCCUCCCCUGCCUCCUCCGCCUCAUCCUCCUCGUCCUCGCAGGGUGGUUACGGAGGCGGCGGCCUGAGUGUCCGCGGCGCAGGGCUGAUGGCGCUCAGGAACAGCCCACAGCCUCUGAGGAGGACGGCAUCGGGGGGGGGCGGGGGGAGCGACGGCGGGCUGAGCCGCAGCACGUCGGUCACCUCCCACAUCUCUAAUGGCUCCCACCUCUCGUACUCGUGAGACGGCGUGCAAUCUCUCGUCCGGGGUCGUCCCGCCCCUGUGGACACACUACAGCCAAAUUGACACAACAGAGUAGAAGAGCAGAAGAUCCAGAAGCUUCCACUGAAGAAGCUGCUGAAAAAAACACGUCAAAUUCAACUUUUGUCUUUUCUUCGUUUGUUUUUAUGAAACACGCAAGCAUUUGACGACACAGACGUCACAGAAAGUGAACAGUUCAGGUUCAGGACCCGGUUCAGGACCAGGUCUGAACACCUGGUCUUUGUGGAGCUUCCACUGUGGUGCUUUAGAAAAACCACUCUAUGUAAAUAAGCCACUUUCUAGACUCUUAGUGUUGAGUGUGGUCAGCAGGGGGCGCCGCAGACGUCCUGUUUAGUCCUGGUCCGGUCAUGUUUUCAGACGACAGUAGAAUAAAACGCUGCCCUUUAAUCUCCUUAAAGGAACAGUCCCCGCGCUUUUCUUGUGUAAAUAAUGAGACGAUGACGUCGUGAUAAAAACAAACUCAAUCAUUUUAGUUUAAUGAACUCGUCUAAAUUAUUAAUCGAGAAAAUGAUUCAAAAACAGGAUUUAAUGUUUGUGUCCAAGUUCUAGUCUGUCUGACUGUGUGUGCGCGCGCGCGUAUCUGUCUGUGUGCACGUGUCUGUCUGUGUGUGUGUGUCUGUCUGUCUGUGUGUGUGUGUGUGUAUGUAUGUCUGUGUGUGCGCGCGUGUAUGUGUGUGUGUGAUAUAACUGUACAGUGAGUGCAGUGUGGUUGUACAGAUGGAGCCGCUAACUCUGAGGAACAGCCAUUACUUUGUCUCGUUGAAUCACUUUUACUAGACGCUGACAGAUAGAUGCUCUAACUUUUAUUAUUAUUGUUAUUCUUCUGCUGCAGUCGGAAUAUUUAUGUUUUAAUGCAAAUGUUUAAGGUUUAUUUACCAGUUCUGACCACUAGGUGGAAAAGACACGCAAUGUUACUGUGACAGAGAUAUUAAAAUAGUGAGUUUGGUUCUUCUCGUGGUUUGAUGAGAUACACAUGACCCACACUUGACUGCGCUGUGAGCGCCCCCUGCUGCUGAGAACCGGCCUGAGACACGCACACUCUCAGUCACAACAAAAUGGCUGCAAGCAGAAACAUGAGGAAAAAAAACGGCUUUAGUUGCGUCACCAAAGACUUGUGAUAAAUAAACUCUGAGUAUGAUCUUUAAGUCACGUGAUCACGUCUUUAUCGCACUGUUACGCAGACGUCUGUAAACCACACACUCAAAUCUGCGAUUUUAACGUCACACACACAAGAGUUGAUGAUCCUCCAUCACUCAGUUCAAAUGUCUUAUUUUGUCAAAUUUGGCUUUUAAAAUAUGUAAUUUAGACUUAACUCAGUGACAAAGUGACCACACGAGGCAGCAGAGGACCAGCUGCUCCUGUGUCCCCGCAGAUAUCUGAGAUCACUGGUUUUCCUCUGUGGAGUUUGCUGUGGGAGGGUGAGUGGUGUCUCAGGCUAGUUCUCAGCAGCAGGGGGCGCUCACAGCACAGUCACUGUCAAACAGGUGUCAGUACCUUCUUCAAACACACCUGAACCUCCUUUCCCAGCAUUCCUGUUGUGGUGUGAGGAGUUGACACCUGUGGGCGGGGCUGUGGGCGGAGCUGUGGGCUAUGUUUCUGUUAGUUUUGAGCCAGUAUUGAAACGUCAAGCGUCCACAGUCGUGUUUUGGUGCCAUAACGUUUUUUUGUUACUUUGUGAAAUCUUUGUUACGUCUCAACGAAAAAAAAAGAAGGAAACAAACAAAAACACAAAGCUGCUUUAAUAAGUGAGUACAUUUCACUCUGUUGUUUUAUGUUGAGAUUCAUUUUUUUGGAUUAUUUUUACAGUGUAAAACACCUGGUUUUUCUUCAUUAGUUGAAUUUGACAGAAAACUUUUCAAAUGACUUUUUGUUUUUUGUUUGAUUAAAUGAAAAAAUCCCAGCUUUGAUGAAA